GUUCAAGUGCUUGCUAACGACAUCACGGUCUAGACACCAAUUGAUCGCGGAUCUGACGCUUUCACACAUUGUUGCCCUGGCGUCACUCCUGUUUGCUACGCUGCAUCAACCAACACGGUGCCGCUUGCCAUUGGGAGCCUUUCUACUGUGCCACCAACUCGCUGCUCGCAUCUCGAUAUCCUUACAAAGUGGAGUGGUUUUGGGUCAGAGCUUCCAGGUCAUCAAGGGACACUGGAAAGGUCGAGGGUCGGAAGAUGUCUCAAUCACGGACAACGUCUGCUCCUGAGCUAACUCCCCAGUUCUGCUUCAACGAAACGUUGCUCAGAGAUUUCCUACGGAUCUCCAGAUCAACGAUAGAUGACUCGAUCACGCAAAACCUCAAUGCGUUGUAUACCCCCGCCCGCGCAGGGUUCGAUCCCUCUUCUACGGCGAUCCGACAGACAGACUCCGCGGCUGGGAAACAGAUAGAACCGGCCGCAUGCCAGGGUUUCAAGGAGAACGUUUUGUUCCCUUCGUGGCAGGUUCGAUCCGACGUGCUCAAUUAUUGCGCAGGGGUGGCCACGAGUCCGGACCCGGAAGAUCCGGUUCACAUACUUCGACAGACAGACUCUGCCAAGGAACGUGAGCGAAUUGUCGAUGAACGACUGGAUCCGUACUCCGCGCGAGUCCAGCCUAGAGAAGCACGAACCGAGUCAUUGGCAAGUCUUGUACGGACUCAACGGGGCGUCGAGGAGAUCAUACGCGCCCGAACAUGGGGCAUGGUAUCCGAGAGAUGCGGGGGUUCGUCACAAGGAUGGGAGGAAUCGCUAAACCGAUGGCGUGAGAGUAGACAGUUGCCGCCAACGUCGACAUGAUGGCCUGCGGGACCUGAUUGUGGUUGGGGUGGGUUAUGAUUGACAAUUUUCUACUCAAGGGAGUCGUUCGCCGGAGUUCAUGAUUGUUGAUCAGCGACCUGUGACUGCCUGGGCUUACCACGUGUAUAUAAUGAAUACGUAGGAUAUCUGUAUAACAGAGGCGCCGAUAGCUGGAGUUGGCGUUCGGUAUCGAUGAAGUAUCGCGCAUGACGUGACAACCCGAUGUAGCGAUAUAACAUCAUGAUUUUUUCCUCUACCGAUGAACACAGACACAGAUUUCGGCAUU